UCACUGGCCCGCAGACUCCCACACUCCCACAUCAGCCCCCGGGAGAGAGCAGAGGAGAGGAGGCAGCAAGGGAGCAGCAGCUAGUGUGCACUUUGGCUAGGAGAGACACCACAAGGAAGCCCGUUUACCUCCAGAGCUGUGGAUGAGGCAGGCCGGCUCCACUCCAUCUCAUCUCAGCCUGGAGUCCAGAGGUGGCCAGCGGGGUCCCAGUGUGUACCGCUUCUCCAGAGCCUGACUCUAUUUUGCAACCUUUGAACACUGGACCUGUACUGUAAGCAUUAUGACUCUACUGGGCUCUGAACACUCCAUUCUGAUACGAAGCAAGUUUAGAUCAGUCCUCCAGUUAAGACUUCAGCAGAGGAGGACACGAGAGCAGCUGGCCGACCAAGGCAUCAUGCCUCUGAACCAUGGGAAGUUCCCGAAGCAGGAGGACUCGUACGUGUUCGAGGAGGACAGCAGCAGUGAGAGUCUGUCUCCAGAGCAGCACCACAGUGAUGAGUCGCAGGGCUCCGCCUGCCCUUCAUCCGAGGCUGUCGGCAGUACGCCCUCCUCCUCCUCACCUGCCCUCACAAGCCCCCGACAGGGAGGUGCUGCCAGAGACCCACCCGACCACGGCCAGCAUGAAGGGCUGUCUGGUGCCAACAAUAGCCAGGCUUCCCCCCCAAUACCGGUUCCUGCGAUUGUCAAGUCCAAGACUUCAGACAAGAACCGGCACAAAAAGCCCAAAGAUGUGAAGCCGAAGGUGAAGAAGCUCAAGUACCACCAGUACAUCCCUCCGGACCAGAAGGCCGAGAAGUCUCCUCCGCCCAUGGACUCGACCUACGCCCGACUCCUCCAGCAGCAGCAGCUGUUCCUGCAGCUGCAGAUCCUCAGCCAGCAGAAACACGCUCACACGCACCCACAGUCGCAGCAGCACACACACGCACACACUCCGCAGACACAGGCCCAGGCCCAGGCUCAGCAGCGGCAGCCCUCUUUCAGCUACCAGCCCCACCCGGCCACCCAGACCCAGAAAGGAGCCAGUGAGCAGCCGUCAGCGUGUGGCACCAGCGGCCCGUCCAGCCAAGCCAACAGUAACUCCUCCUCCCCAGUCAAGAACACAUACGCCAACCAAAGCAACAUCUCGCCGGUCCAACCCGGGCCCCUGCCGGCUAAUCUGGAUGACCUCAAAGUCUCAGAGCUCAGGCAGCACCUGCGUAUUCGUGGCAUGCCCGUCUCCGGCACCAAGACGGCCCUCAUCGAGCGCCUCCGACCCUUCAAGGACUCCAACGCCGGCUCCUCGCCCUCUGGCUCCUCGGACAUCACCACGGUGACCUUCCCUGUCACGCCCACAGGAUCCCUGUCCUCCUACCAGUCCCCGUCCUCCUCUAGCGUCCUGUCCCAGGGAGGAUACUACCCGUACCCCAGCACCUCCUCCACCCCUCCCAUCUCUCCUGCCUCCUCCGAGCUGUCCCUCAGCGGCUCUCUGCCCGACAGCUUCAGCGACGUGCCCAUGUCCUCGCCGACGCAGUUCGCCCUGCAGCCGUCUCCGGCCCAGCUCGGCGUGGAGGACGGCCCGGCCGGGGGGGGAGGCCCGAGGGCGGGGGAGGGGGGAGGUCUGGAUGGAGAGGAAGCUGAGAAAGAUAAGAUGCUGGUGGAAAAGCAGAAGGUGAUUGAGGAGCUGACGUGGAAGCUGUACCAGGAGCAGAGACAGUCUUCUCUCCAGGUUGAGGAGCUGAGGAUGCAGCUCCACAAGAGGAAACGCUGCUACGGAGCCACACAGGACACCGCCCCCCCUCCGCCUCACCCCCCCAUGCACCACCAGCAGACCCCCGCCAUGAUGGGGCAGCAUUUCUUUGGGGUGACUAUCAAGCAGGAGCCCAUGUCCUUGUCCCCCAGCUGCCCUCUGUCCUCUCCCAAACAGCUGAAGGGCUCUGCUGGCAGCUGCAUGGAGGAUCUGGGACACUGCACCAACCCCCUCCCCACUAUGGGGGGCCCCGGUGGGCCACAAUGUAUGGACACUUCCUCCGGCAGCCCCUCCACAAUGUCUGCUUUCCUCAGUCCCCAUUGCUCGCCACAAGACUCCCCCAUCGGAAAGCCUUCCAGUAGCCCCCAGCCUGCGUCUCCCAAUAACCUCUACCUGCUGCCACCUCCGCCGGGAAGAGACGGCUGCGGUCACCCCCACCCACACCCCCACCCCCAGGCCAACAGCAGAGCACGCCACAUGCAGAUGCAGCAGAAGAGCGGCGGCCAGCCGGGGAACUGCUCGUAUCCCUCUGACCAGAGAGGCCUUCAGGGACUCUUCAGCUCCACAGACUGUGGCCACAGCGGCUCAGCCAAGCCAGACAACCACAACAUGCAACCAAAGAUGUCAGUAGUGCCCUCUCCUCGGCAUAUUGGCCUAAAGUGCCAGGUCUCUCCCCCGGCCUUCAGUAGCUCAGAUUCAGAUGCAUCAGACAUAAGACAGCCCCCCCGCUAUGAGGAUGCAGUCAAGCAGCAACUGACCAGAAGUCAACAGAUGGACGAGCUUUUGGAUGUGCUCAUAGAGAGUGGAGAGAUGCCAGCUAACGCCGGAGAAGAGAGGGAGAGGGCCUCUGUAACCAAAGUUGUGCCUCACAUUACUGUGUCCCCAGGGUGUCCCGGCCUCCUCAUCCCUAGGUUUCACAGACACUACGAGCACCUGUCCCCCUCCCAGCUGCCUUACAGCCACUCGGCCAAUCACAUCACUGAGAGCCACCUGGAGAAUCUGCUGGGAAGUCCAAUCGGCCGUGGAGGGGAGGCGGCUCUUCUUAAAAUGGCUGGCGAGGACGGGGGGCUGGAAGAUGAAGGAAACAGAGACGGCGAAGGGUACGGCAGCCCCCACAACCACCACCAUCACCACCACCACCACCACCAGCCUCACCAUCCCCAACAGGACAAACUUCUGACCAAUAGAGAUCUGAUGGACAUCCCUCUGUCACCGAUGGGCGCCAAAGUGUCCGCCGAGAUGCAGGGGAUGGUCAGCAUGACUUUCAGCGAGCUGCCGUGGGAGACGAUGGAGUGGCUGGACCUGACGCCGCCCAGCUCGGCCACGGCCUUCAGCAUCGCUCCCCCCAGUGGGCCCAGCAUCUUCAACACAGAGUUCCUGGAUGUCACAGACAUUAACUUGAACUCUGCCAUGGACCUUCACCUGGAACACUGGUGAAAGCACCAUGUUGGCCGUCAGCUGCCCAUCACAAGACACCGGCGUCCAAGUAGCUGAGCGCUGGUGUCAGCUGUGGCCGUGCCAAAGAACUAUUGACCUGAGCAGCUUCAGUCCAAGUACCACAACGUGCCUUUUGUAUUGUGGAAUGUGACAUUGAGUAGUCCACUGGCUGCAUUCAAAGAUUGACGGCUGUGUUGAACUACAGAACGAUAGAUUGACUUACUCCCUCCACUUCAGAGAAAUGAGCUUCCGGUGUCUCCGUCUUACCCAGAAUGCAUUGGAGGACGAUGCCCUCGGUAAUGGGUUCAUGAUUACAGCUCUGUACCAACACGUCAUGCAAUAUCAGUGUUACAUCAGUGUUACGCCCCCGAGACUUGAAGACACAUUGUGACCAUCAUUGUAUAUUUUUGGAGUCUAUGUUUGUAUUACUGGAAAAAGAAGGAGAAAAAAAUGAAAGUAAAGACAAGUUGGAUUGCGUGGUUCGGCCAUUUUGUAAAUAGCUCAACUUCCUGUAUGUCAGAAACAGGUCUGCGUGUGUUGUCCUUGGGAGACACACACCACACAUUAUGUCAUGGGUUCAUCAGAUGAUGUAAAUAUGUCUACAUUAUCUCACUGUGCACCUCCAGCUGAAACACAUGGGUCACAGUUUGCUUGUGUGUAGGAACGUCGAACAUUCCUUUGAAGGACCUUUGUGUUUGUUAAACAAGUUUAUUUUCACUAUGCGUGUCUUUAACCCAGAAUGACAUCGAGGAGAGAAACUUUGGUCUUAUCGGUUUUAAUUGGCAGACAUGUGCCUUACCUUUUAUUACCCAUUUUAUACCAGUCUCCCCUUUAAUAGAAUGUAUAAGCUCACUGUAUUUGCUAUUCCCUGAAAGCUGUUGACAGAUAUUAAUAUAGAUUAAUAUCAGUUUUUCAAACAAAUAUGAAAUGAAAAAUGUAACUGCAUCUCUAUUGGUUCUUAAUAAGUAGCUUUUCGUCCUUACAAAUUCCACCCUUUCUAUUCCCAGGCCACAGUUAUUUAUUUUGUGUUUUUAUAUUUAUACUUUAUCCUGUAUUUAUACUGACAUUCCUUUCUCAUAGAUUGGGGCGCUUUGAUUUAAUGGGAAAACUCCAGAGCGGCCGUUUUGACCAGGAACAUUUCUGAGUCCAUCAAUUCUCUUAAAAAUGUGAUCCAACGUGAAGGAACCACUUCCAGAAGCCUUUCUUUAAAGAAUCCUAUGAAGUGGACAUUCGUCCCUUAUUAGCACUUGUGAAUAGGAAAAUGUAAUAUAUUAAGAUCCGUACUGUGAACACUGCGUAUGAACACAGCAUAAACGUGUUAAUGCUUCACAGUUCCACUGAAGAGGAUCUCACCUCUGAAGCUCCUAGUUCUGGUCCGUGGAUGACCUCUGGGUGACCCUGACCCUGUGACAUGUAAACGUCAUAGGAAGGAGUUAGAUGAGAAGAUCCACACGUUUAUCUUCUCAUCUAACUAUUGUGAAGGAAGCUAAUGCAUAUACUUCCCAAAUUACCAAACUUCUACAUUUCCAACCUGUUUGUUGUCUCACUGUGCCUUGUUAGACCAACAUGUGUGUUCCUCUUAUGAAGUGCUGCACUUGUUAAAGAGUUUCUAUGGUUACAUGGAGGCUAUGAAUGACCAUCUUGAAUAAACGACAACGCUGAUAUUCUUCACUUCAUGUCUUCUGCAUAUGGACCUGGCGGGUUCAUUUCAUCUGACAAAGCGCCCAUGUUGCUUGGACACCGACUUGCUUUACUAUUGUAAAAAUAAAAACAGUAUUUGUCUGCAUCCCUGUAUACAACAGAAAGAGAAGCAAUAAACGUAUCACAGCAAAAUCA